AUGGAUUUCGCAAGUCUUAUGAAAUCUCAGAUCUCCGGAUCAUCAACAACGAACAAAGAUUCCGGUGGCAAGAAAUAUCUCAAACGAUCUGAUCAAGAAGAUCUCGAACACGCCCGUCUCGACCGACUAGAAAAGAAACGCAAACGCGACGAAGAGGAAGCCGAACAGAAGCGCGCCCGCGAGGAGAAACGUCAACGCCUCGCCGAACAAAGCAAACGUCUCCGCGAGGAAGAAGCAGAGGCCGAAGAAUCCGCUCGAAGGAGAAGACUAGGCCUGCCCGAACUCGAGAAACGACCCGAAGCUAGAAGCGAGGACGGUCUCCCUCAGGGCGAAGAAGACAUCCCCGACUCCGACCUUCAAACCAAACUCCGCGACCUCUCCGAACCCAUCAUCCUCUUCGGCGAAACCCACAGACAACGCCUCCGACGCUACCGCAGACUCACCGCCAAAGCCCUCGCGCCCAAACUCAGCAACGGCCCCAUCCCCACCACCCUCGCCCUCCUCCCGGAAGCAGAGAUGAAAGUGCCCGACUCCGUGCCCAAGGACGCCGCCGGCCAAGCCCUCCUGGCGCGCCAGCUGGCCAGCUACUUCGACAUGCUGCUGCGGGAAUGGGACGUGGCGCUGUCGCAGCGCAGCCGCGAGGUGCAGCAGUCCAGCACGGGCAAGCAAGCGCACGGGUCGUACGUGGCGGCGCGGGGCAACCUGGUGCCGCUGUUCCGCAAGCUGGAGACGUCCAGCCUGGCGGCUCCGCUGCUGGCGGCGGUGCACGAGAUCGUGCACCUCGCGCAGCUGAAGCGCUACGUGCACGCCAACGACGCGUACCUGCGCCUCUCGAUCGGCAAGGCCGCGUGGCCGAUCGGCGUCACCAUGGUGGGCAUCCACGAGCGCAGCGCGCGCGAGAAGCUCCACGAGACGGGCGCCGCCUCCAAGGCCCACAUCCUGAGCGACGAGGCCACGCGGAAGAUGCUCCAGGGGAUCAAGCGGUGCUUGAGCUUCGCGCAGGUGAGGUGGCCGCCGGAGGAUCUGGGGCAGCUCAUGGGGUGA